GUGUAUUAAGACGAUCAUUAAGUUGUUACUUUUCGUUUGCUGGCUGGCUUUACGGCUGCUUGUUCCCACUGAACUUAAUUGAGAGAUUGAAUGGUUUGACGAAACGGUUGAAAGGUUUGAUGGUGUGUAUGUGUGUACAAUGCUCAAUGUUUGAUCAACAAACUAAAUGGUUUGACGUUGCUAUUGAUCAACGACUAGAAGACUGAGCGACAGUCGACUGACCGUCCGACCAACUAGCUUACUUUUUAGUACGUGUGUGGAUUCUCGGUGCAUUUCAAUGUGUGCGUUUGUGUGUAUCUACAAACAUACAUAUUCAUCCGUCCAUAUUUAUGUUGUUUGUUCUCUGCUGCUCUAGCUACUUUAAGCAAACCAUUGCAAGUUGUUUGCUCUUAUGCAUCCUUGAUUAACACUUUAGUACGGAAAUAACUUACUUACUAAACGCACGCGUUUAUUGCUCGUUACAUUAUUACUUUUAACAAUGUAAAAAUACAACAAAUAAAUAAGAAAUUUAUAAAAAUAAAUGAUUUUACUUUACGGAAAAUACCAUGUCGUUCCGUUCCGUGUGUAUAGUAAAGAUCAAAAAAGUCAUAACAAGUUUAAAUAAAGUCUUUAAUUUAAUAGAUUUUUCUUCAGUCAUUAUUGUUUAAAUUUAAAAUAUUAUCACCAUUUUACAUAUAAUUAUAAAAUAAUAUAUUACAAAUAACAUAACAAACAAAUGUAUCUAUAAAUGAAAUAUAAUUUUCGAGUUCCAUUGCUUCGUGGUACCUUGUAACCAAAACGAUCUUCAUAUUUAUGUGUAAGUUACUUACAAAACACAACGCCGGCGGUUAGUCAACUACAAGAUUCUUUAACAUCAACAACAGAAACAAAUAUGUAUCGAUCGAGAGUAAUUAAAUAAAAGGAAUAAAAAAAUAUAUGAUGAUGAAUUUAAAAUAAAUAAAAUGGUAGAAAACUAAAACGAAAACACAGAAAAUAACAAAUGAAAUAUCAAUAAAAUUAAAAACUAAUUAAAUUCAAUCUCAACAAAACAAAUAAAAAAGUUAAAUAAACAAAUUUUUACAUGUGUACAUAGAACUGUGUGUGUUUUUUGUGAUAUCAACAAUUUCACUUCAGCAAUUGAAUUUCAUUUUAAAACUAAAUCCAAAGCAGACAUGGAUGCUUACGCUUUGCCGCCAUACUUUCCCCUAGCAUAUUCAGAUUUACAAUAUUUGGCAUCUCGAAGAGCAGCAGCCGUUGCUGCUGCAACUGUAUUACCACCACCAACCCAACAAGCUACAUUAAAUGGUACUAAUAGUGGAAAUGGUAUAGACUGUGUGUCAGCAAUUGGGACAAAUGGAACACAUACCUCAGAAAAUGAUAGUAAUGCACCGCCUGUACAAAAUGCCAAUAGUCAGAGUCCUAUGAUGACCGCACAUAAUACACAUCUUGGUCAUGCGGUACAUCACCAUGCCAAUCAUGCUGGUUUACAUGCACCACCACCUCCACCACAUCCUGUUGCUUCUCAAGCCCAUGAAUUCCAUCCAGCCUAUCGAAUUCCAGGUUAUAUUGAGCAUUUAUAUUCUUUGCAGCGUGUAAGUCCCACUUCUUCGUUUCACGAUCCUUACUCCAAUUGUGCCACAGCGUUUCACUUAACUGGCUUGGGACUUAAUUCUGGAGAUUAUUUGGGUGCUCGAGGCGUUGGUUCCUUAGGUGAAUUGCAUCCUGCAGCAGCAGCUGCUGCGGCAGCUAAUUCCCUAGCUAGCACUGAUUUUCACUUUAGUAUUGACAAUGCCAGACUCAGUUCGUCACGUACGGGCAGUAUAAGAGCAAGCAUUAGCCGCAAAAGGGCUCUUUCAUCCUCUCCCUAUUCAGAUUCAUUCGAUAUUAAUUCAAUGAUUCGUUUUUCACCCAAUUCCUUGGCCACCAUAAUGAAUGGUUCGCGUGCUAGUAGCGCUGCUAGCGGCUCUUAUGGUCAUUUAUCAGCUGGCGCCAUGAGCCCAAUGCAUAGUGCUAUGUCACCGCAUAUACAACAAUUGCAAGCCCAUUUGCUCAGAGCUAGUGCUGGACUUCUGCACCCACUUCCUACACACCAAGCAGCAGCUGCUAACAUGAUCUCCAUGGGUCAUGUACAUACUUUGCAAUCAGCUGUUGCUGCUGCAGCUGCUUAUAAUGCGGCAACCGCCGCCAACGGAAACCCUAGCAAUGUCAGUGCCAACAAUUCUCCUUUCCAUCCCCCGUUGAAUGGACACACAAAUACCCAUGCCGCUAGCGUAAAUAGCAAUCAAAACAAUAUGAUUAAUAGUACCACUAAACAAAUGCAUUAUGAAGAAGUAUGUACGGAACGUUCUAAGGGUGAACAGCCCUCUUCCACCUCGCAUAACGAUAUCACUCAACAGGAAGCGGAUAGUGCUUCUGCUAAUUCGGCAACUGCUCGAAGACAGCAGCGUCCUAAUAAAAUCACUACAUCUAGUAAUUCUGCUACGCCAACUACUACCUCUACGAAAACGCAACACCACCACAGCAACAAUAAUCAUGUGCAAUGUGGACCACCCACUACUACUACGCCACACAGCGAUUAUGACUGUGCCACCGUGGAUACGACUGACAUAAAAGAUGAACCAGGAGAUUUCAUCGAGACCAAUUGUCACUGGCAAGAUUGUGGUAUUGAAUUUAUGACGCAGGACGAGUUAGUAAAGCACAUAAAUAACGAUCACAUACAAAGCAACAAAAAGGCAUUCGUCUGCCGUUGGGAAGAUUGUUCACGCGGUGAAAAACCAUUUAAAGCUCAGUACAUGCUUGUGGUACAUAUGCGUCGUCAUACAGGAGAAAAACCACAUAAAUGCACGUUCGAAGGAUGUUGCAAAGCGUAUUCUCGGUUGGAAAAUUUAAAAACCCAUUUGCGUUCGCACACCGGUGAAAAGCCGUACACUUGCGAAUAUCCAGGAUGUAGUAAGGCUUUUAGCAAUGCUAGCGAUAGAGCUAAACAUCAGAAUCGCACACACAGCAAUGAGAAGCCAUACGUUUGCAAAGCGCCUGGAUGUAUUAAACGUUACACUGAUCCUAGUUCUCUCAGAAAACAUGUAAAGACCGUACAUGGUGCCGAAUUCUAUGCCAACAAGAAACACAAGGGCUCUAUUCAUGACAACGAUAAUUCCGGAGGCGCUGGUAAUGGUGUGGGUAAAGUAGACUCUCCUGAUGAAUAUCGUUCGAAUAAAGCAACUAGCUUAUCAAGUCCCAGCAUUAAGUCUGAAUCAGAAGCGAAUUCACCACCACAGUUAUCAGUACAUAGUCCGACCAUUUCGCAAACCGCAGGCAACCAGGCAGCUCAUAAUCAAAUGCAGUUCAAACCUGGUAGUGGUAUUCGCAUGGGGCCAGGAAGUGAGAUGGGUGAUGUUAUGGGAACGUAUAGUAAUCACGAUGAUUAUGGAAACAUGCCAGCAAACGACGAUGAAUCAUGGCUUUAUGAUGAUGAUGUAGAUGCUGCAGAUUUGCCCAUAGUUCUAAGGGCUAUGGUCAGUAUUAGCAAUAGCCCCAAUAAUAGCAUGGUGACAAGUGGUGGUGGAUCAUCCACGAUAUCUGCGGGAACUAUGCGUCAGCGUUUUCGAUCGCGCUUACAAGCCAAAGGUAUUAAUCUUAAUGCGCCUGCUUUAUCUAAUAUACCCGAAAUCAAUCGCAAUAUUGGUAUUGGUGACCUAAAUCAGCGCAUUACGGAAUUAAAAAUGGAACCAGGCACGGUUAGACUACCCCCAGCAAAACAUACCGACACGAAGAAUCCUUCAUCGACUAACUUGACCGAUUUGCAAACACGCUUAUACUCUAACACAAACACUAUGAUCAGCAAUUAUGGUGGUUCAAUAAUGCAAGCUAAUUUGCGACGAGAUAGUCAGAAUUCAAAUGCUAGCACAUAUUAUUGUAGUAUGCAGAGUAGACGUAGUAGUCAAUGUUCCCAAUUGUCGUCAAUUUCGACGAUGCGUCCAUGCUCGUACAAUGCUGGAUCAUUGUACGAUCCAAUUUCACCCGGAUGUUCCCGCCGCUCAAGCCAAAUGUCCAACGUAACGGGAGGAGUAUGUUCCCCUGUUGCAGCGCUUGGUAAUGGAACCAAUAGAAUUAGUGCAAAUUCAAUUUGUGGUGGCAAUAACUCAUGCUUGGGAAGUGCGUUUAACACAACAAAUAACCCAAGUCUGCCCCCACCUCCAUCUUCACAUUUAAUUUCCACACAUUUGCAGCGUUUACAGACAUCUUCUUCGUCUUCGGCUUGUUUAAAGCAUCCUCACGAAAGUGGACGUUUUUCGAUUCCAAACGUUCUAGCCAUGACGCAAAUCGGAAGCCAUAUACCGCAACAAAAUAGUGAGCAAAACAAUAACAAAGCUUCUGGGCGACGACUUUCGGAACCUGUACGACAAUCGUAUGAACGUCUCUUACCAUCGCCAUCAGCAUUAACGAGUUCUUUCAAAAAUGUGGGCUUAAAUAACACGAAAAAACCAAACACACCAAACAGUAUUGCCUUAGAAGAGGUCUGCAAAGAAACUACAGAAACUUCUUUGGAUCACCAUCCCAAUGAAAAAGUCAACCUUGAUGAGGUAGAGGAGGAUGAACUUAUUGAAAAUAAACUUGUAUUACCCGAUGAAAUGUUGCAAUACCUAAAUCAAGUAGCAGACAAGACAAGUAAUAACAUCAACAACAACUCAGGCAAAGAGUCUGCACAAGUUAUUUGUCAUCCGCCCAUGUCUUCGCCUAAUAUUUAUCCCAACAGCCCAGAGAGUCCAUCAACAAUUACUCAGGUUAUGUCGCCCCAAUCUGGCCAUACCAUGUCUGCCUUAGGAAGUCCCUAUUCUCAGCGAAAUUACGAUCAGCGCUCUCAAGUAGAUACUCAACGUCGCCAAUAUCCCGUUUAUUACGAUUACUGUCAUGAACAUGCUGAAAACGCAAAUGGCCAAGGUAUAAAGACUAAUAAUUAUUUCUGUUCUCAACAGCCAACAACAAAACCAAUUCAGGAAGUGAACUCAACAUUUACUCAAAAUAUCACAGCUCCCGCUGAUAGUUCAAUGACCAGUUUACCAGACAUUUCUAGUAAUACAAUAAAAUCCAACUAUUUCGGCAAUGCUUCGACUCAAACUCAGCCAACAUCCCACACAAAACCUGCGCCACCCAGAAACACAACGGUGCAUAACGAAAUACAAUGUCAAGAUAUCACCCAAUCCCAAAUGUCACCAGCGACAGUCAAACCAUCUUCAGGGUCAUGUAACCAUAACAUGGAUAUCAGUUAUUCACAAAAUCAAUUGCCAUUUAACCAGUACAUGCCACCAGCAGCAGCAUGCUACAAUAACAAUAACAGCGCCAAAAACAAUAAUACAACGACAAGCAGCAGUAAUAUGUGCACCGAUGCCUAUCAACGCACCUUGGAAUACGUACAAAACUGUCAAAGUUGGUUACAAACUAAGAAAAAUCCAAAUCAAAAUUCUCCAAGUGGUGAAUUUGUCAUGCCUUCAGUGCCAAAUACCAAUCGCCUACAACCAGUCCAUCCACAACACCAACAAGAUGUUACAAGUUCUACCCAUCCAUCUCCAAACAUGGUCAUUAAUGAUAUGACCACAUCACUUAGCUCUCUACUUGAAGAAAAUCGUUAUUUACAAAUGAUUCAGUAGUCCAGUACAACAUCUUCCCCCAUUUAGGUAUACUUGCACCAUUCAUAUUUAUACACUUAAUAAGUUUGGAAUAGCGUAACUGAGAAUAAAGUUACGCUAUUUCAAAAAAUCUUUAAUCUCUGAAUGCUGUUACGGAAAGAUAAAAAGUAAUAGCGAAAAGUCUAUCAGCUUAGGUAACAAAAUCAUUGCCAUUUAAUAAAUAAUUACUAUAGUUUUCCUGUUGCCCAUACUUGGGACCAUGUCUUUUGUAAGUACAAAGUUGUAUAACAUACAUUGAGAGUGGAAAAUAGUACAUACAUUUUUUAAGGUUUAUUUUAGUACAAAGUUUUCCAAUAAUUUUUUAUCAUUUAGUUUUAUUAUUAUUAUUAUUUUGUAAGCAAUUUAUUUAUAAAAGAAACAAAACUUUAUAAUUUAAAAAUUUGUAUAUUGUCACCGAAAAAAGUCGCAGUUGCCUUUUACUUUAUUCUCUUGUUCUGGUGGCAAUUUAAAUUUAAAAGCACUGUCACUUACAUAGUUAUACAUACAUCUAUUUUACGUACAAAGAUCUACACCAGAGAAUGCUGACUCAUAAAAUUUAGCGAAUUAAAAAAAAAUAACAUAAAUAAACAUGAAUUCAAGUGAAGAAAAUUCACAUAUUCGAAUCUGGAAAUUAUUUCUUAACUUUAGAAUUCCACAGAUUUUUUGCAUUUAUAUAUUUUUGACGUAAUUUCCCAAUUGAAAAACAUACUUAAUAAAUAUUGACUUUAAUUUCUACACAUGUAAUCUUGUACAUUUGUAGAUAUAAUUACAUAUUUCAAUUACAUUGAAAGUCAAAAAAUGCAUAUGGGCAAUUCCACUAAAAAAACCAUGAUUGACAAAAUAAACACCCUUUAAAUUUUUGCUUUUUUAUGACAAUUCAACAAAAUUCAACGUAUGAUCUUUUGGUUGCAGCAAAGACGAAGGCUGUUAAAAUCAGUCCAUUAUUAAACCUAGCCGCCACACAACCGGACCCGCAAAUAUCACAAAUUAUAAUACUAUUUCAUCAAAAAUCCAUAAAAAUAUAAUCAUAAAUAAUACUGCCGAUUUUCAAAUUGAUCGGACCUCAUUUGGUCCCAUACAAAGUUUAAUAUCAGAAAAAAACAUUUAAACGUCCAUAACUAACUUAUAAGCACUAGUAUUAUGAUAAAAUUUUAUAUAAAUAAAUUGAGAUAUAAAGAAUGAGAUAUAUUUUUUCCGUAUAUAGUAAUCUCUGAAUGAAAUAAAAUGACAAAAUUAGUUUAUUUUUAAUCCUAUUUUUGCAAAACUUAUACCAUUCUGAAUGCGUACAAUGGCACAUACAAUGGCAUGACUUCUGUACGUUAAAUAAUAUAUUUUAUUCAUUAUUAUAUUUAGAUACUUAAACAUUAAAAUAUAUACAAAUAUAAUUUCAAAGAUAAAUUAAACGACUUUCUGUAAAAGGUUUUAUAUUGUGAUGAAAUUUUAAAUAUAUUUCUCAUAUUUAUAGAGAUAAUUGAGGAAAGAACUGAAAUAAAUUAAAGAACUCAAAUUUUUUAUGAAAAAGAUUUUAAAAUAUACAUUUUUCUUAAAGUAUGUAUAUACAGGUGCGUUUAAUAUGCCUUCAUUUCUGUUAUUAGAAUUAUUUAUUUUUUAGUAUGUAUUAUUUUAAUAUAACUGUUUAGCAUUUACUUAACGACUUACUAUAUACAAAUUGUUAGAUUAUAUGAUCGUUUUACAUGUAUAUGAUGAUCAAAUAAAAAUUCAACCCACCCAAACCUCGUUCAACAAGGUUCUCAGAGGUACAAAUAUUUACUUUUACUGCGUAUAAAAUUAUAUUCAAAUGCUACUGUUAAGAUAUAUAUUUUAAAUAUUUUUUUAUGAACGUGCUUCCAUAAGUAAUUAUAUAAUAUUGCUAAUGUUAAGUAUUUUUCAUCAUACUACCAUUUAAAUUCAUAUACUCCAACGUAAUUAUUAUUUUUAAUUUUUUUACAUUAUAUUUUUAGUGAUUCCAUAAAUAAAAUUUUUAUUAUUUUCGUAACAUUGUAUUUAAUAAAUGUCU